UAAUUAAAAAAUGUUUAUACUAAUUCAAGAACUAAUAAAUCAAUCGGUAAUAAGAAGAACCGGGAUCGUUUACAUGUCAACUCAACAUCUACAAUCCGUUAAUGAUUAAAACUUAAACGAAAAUGCUAUAAAUACCCAUCGAUUAAUUGAUGAAUACGCUUCCGAUUGGGUUCACUUAAAUAAUAAUACACAAAUUCGAAUAAAACUAGUAUUAAAUAAAACGGAUUCGGAAUAAAUGCAAAAUGAAGUUUACUCACUUGGUACAUGUUUUUCUGAUUUCGGCGUUGUAGACAUAAUCGAGGGACGACUCAAUCGAAGCUACGGACACUCCAAGGUUUGGAAACAUCGUUUCGGGUUCAUAAUUGUGUAACUAAAACUAGCCAUUAACAUAUUGGAAGGAAAAUACUCCGAUCUUUGCCCUCCAUCUUAAAGUGGGCAGCUCACACAUGAAGCUUCCUUGCAAACCUGACCUCUGGGGGGACUGUCAGCUGAGUCAGUUUAUCAGUGAGAUAACCAGACAGCUGUCUACGAUACUCCGUAGGCUCCAAUACUUUUCCUUUCGUAUUUGUAUUUUAUUUACGUAACUAGCUUUUGCCGGCUCGAUUCGAUGAUUUAACAGACAAGGCAGAUCAAAUGGGAAAUUCACCGUUGAAGAAACAUUAUGCUACAGCGGAAAAAACAGGAGUUCUCAAUAUUUCAAAAAGCAGGUUGGACGAAUUUCCUCCAGAAUUGAAGCAAUUGGCCGGAGUUUUGAGAUCUUUAGACCUCUCAUCGAAUAAAUUCAACCGAUUGCCUCCUGAUAUCGGUACGUUUAUGCUUUUAAAAAAUCUGAAUCUUGAUCAUAAUAACCUCACACAAUUGCCUUCUGAAAUUGGAAAAUUAGUCAAAUUGGAAAUUCUUACUGCUUCUUUCAACAGACUUAAUUCCUUGCCUUCUUCAUUGUCCCAAUUACUGAAUCUUAAAAAGGUUGAGCUUCAAAGGAAUGAACUGAAAACAUUUCCUUUAAUGCUUUGCAAUCUAAAACAUUUAGAUCUAUUAGAUCUCUCUUGUAACAAAAUUGAAUCAAUUCCUAGUGAUGUUGGUUCUCUAUCUGUUACUGAAUUGAAUCUUAACCAAAAUCAGAUUGCUAGCUUAGCUGAGGAAAUUGCGGAUUGCCCUCGGUUGAAAACGCUCAGAAUUCAAGAAAAUUGUUUAAGACUGUCUGAUGUACCACCUAAAAUAUUAGCCCAUUCUAAUAUUUCUACAAUCAAUGCAGAGGGAAAUUUGUUUGAUAUGAAGAAUUUCAUGGAACUGGAUGGAUAUGAUGAGUAUAUGGAACGUUACACUGCUGUAAAGAAAAAGCUCUUUUAAUCAUUCAUUUGGUUCACUUUUUUUUCAUUAAUCAUGAAAUUACUUUUUUAUUCCACUGUCACAGUUUGUUAUUGUAACUUCUAGAUGAAUCGGUAAGUGAUUAUUUUGAAUUUUACAUCACAAUGUUUUUGUAGAUUGAAUCAACUUUGCUUAAAGUAAGUUAAGGGUGGAUUGUUGAAGUGUUAACCAAAGUUCAUAUCAUUCAUUGUCUAUGUCGAUUAAUGACCAUUUAAACAUUAUCACUGUUGGAAAAUAUGUAUCUUUCAUAAAAGCUACACCUGAUAAAGUAUUACUAUCACGCUGGUUGCUUUUCUCACAUUGAAGAUACCAUUCUUUUCCCUUCAUAGUUUUGUUAAAUAACUUUUAAUUUAUUAUUAGAAAUAUUUUACUUUUAAUAUAUGUUCUUCUUUCAUUUGACAAUUCAGCACUUGUUGUAGUCAGCAUAAUUAUUGUUUAUUUGUAAAUAUUUGUUUUUUUAAAUGUAAUUUUUUACUAUUAAUAUAAAAUGGUGUCUUCACUUAUAAAUGUUAUUUUUAAAUAAUGUAAGCAAUUCAUGUUACCACUUUAUGUAUUUAAAAGUUUAAUUUUAUUUGUAUGGAUUUUAAUUUAUAUAGUCAACAAAAUUAUGUAUCACUGAAUAAUUAAGUUUCUCAACAUCCUAAAAUUCAAUUUUCUGAAUGAAGAAAUAUUUAUUGUUUCUAUUUUAUUUUCUUAAUUUUAGUGAUGCUAGUUUACGGUUUUUUGUUUUAAAUUUUUUAUUUUCUUUAAUUACCAGAACCAUAUUUCAAUGCUCUAGUUCAAUUCGAUGGAAGGAAUUUUGUAAUUACCUUCAUUCUUGUUCAAAUGAAUUUUUAAUAUAUUAUUAAUGAAAAUAUCUUGAGCUAUAUAAUAUUUUACUUUAUCUUUAAUGUAGAUUCAUUGAAUAAAGGUUUGAAAUAUAUAGAUUAGAUAUGAAGUUUUUGGAAUAAGUGAAAAUAUAAAAUUAAUUUCUUAUAAAUUUGCAUAUUUUAAUUUAUAGAUUGUACUCUAGGACAUUAAUUAUGUGAGGCAGCUGGGACCAAGGUAUAAUAUAAAAAUUCAUGUAAUAGAAGGAAUGGGAGAUGAAAUAAAACUAAAAUUGUUGUAAAGAGAUGAAUGAUCAAGUAAAUGUAUACUCUUCACUAAAAAUUUCGUUUUAAGUUUCGAAAAAUGUAAUAAAAUUUGAAAAUUGUAUUGAAUUACAUUAUUUAAGAUAUUAUUUGAAAUUGAUUGAUAAUCUACUAAACCAAAAGGCCCUUUGAUUUUUUUUAUUCUCUUUGUUGGCCCUUUUUAUUAAACAUGAACUGUUUGAUUUAUCUAUUCCUUGCUGUAAGUUUUAAAAUGUUUUUUCAUUAUUAGUCAAUUUAUUUAUUAUCAGUUGGUAGUUUGAGUGAAGAGUACUCUAACACAUGGCCGUCGAGUGGGUAGUAGGCGGAAUUUGACAGGAUUCCUCUCACGCUUCCUAAUAGACCUGUAGCCUAUUUCCUCAUGUUUGUGAGUUAUACUUUUUAUACCUUUUCAUUUCCACCAAUGGCUGCUAAAUUUAAUUUAAUGUUGUAAUGUUUUUUAAAACUGAGAUUAGAAAUAAUUAUUUCUGCUUUGCAACUUCUUGUGUUUAAAGGCCUAAAAAAGAUGAAUAGGAAUGAAUUAAAAAGUGCAAUAUGGAUAGAAAUAGUUUUGUUUUCAUGAAUAUUAUUUAUUUUUGGUAUCUAAUUUGUGGAACUCCUUUGAACAAUCACCUCACCCACACGACGACUGUCUGUUUCUCUGUAUUGUACUGAAAUUUUCAGUAUUUAAACUUUCUAUUUGUUGUUAGCUUUUUAUUUUUCAUUUAUCAGAGUAUGUUGCAUAUUUAUACAAAAUUAUAGCUGCCUUUCAACGAAAUUACCUCUUAAGUGUCAUUUUAGUGAAUUCAGGCUAUGACAAUCGUACCUUUUGCCUGUAGACUUUCUGUGAUUGAUCUAUAUAUUAGUGCAAUGAGUGUUUGGUGUUUAUGUGUUAUAAUAUAUAAAUAUUUUAUAAAAAUAUUCAUGUAUUUAACAUUUGUUCUUCCUACAUCUGAAAUUCUAAAAAUCAAAUAUGCUAUUUUAAUAAUGUUUUAACAUAUGCGAUCCCUAAAGAAAUUUCUCACAAUUAACUAAGGUAAACUUUUGAAUUGUUAAAAUUUAUUUAUUUUUGUUAUAACAUGUUUGCUAUUAUGGCUUAAAAUAAUAACGUAUAUAUUAUUGGAAAUAAAUUUGCAGGUUUUGUGUUUUAAAAAAAAUUAAGUAAAUACAUUUUUACAGCUAUUUUGCCCAGUUUUAUUUUUUAAUUUAGUUUAUUUCUGAACCAUUCAAGUCAAAAUUAUUGAAAAUUCAGGUAUGUGUGUUUCCUUUCUUUUCUCUGUAUUAUAACACUAAAUAGAGGGAGUUUAAUCUUUUACUAUCAUAAAAAUUAAUGAUUUUAUUAUAUUAUUCUGUUUUAACAGUUUUAGUCUUAUUGUUUUUUAAUUGAAGGAUUAAUAAAAAUAAUGCCUGUAAACCGAAUAUCAGUGCCGGCUUUAGGGCUGGGCAAUUCCCCAGGAGCGCCUACCACUGGCUAACAAUUAAAAAAAUUACAAAGUAUAUGAGAAUAUUAAUUCUAGCCUUUUAAUAAAGCUACUGUAUUAGAGCCAUGUUGAAUGGUGUACGAGCGGGCUAAUGUGUGUGCACAGCACCGCCGUUGCCCGGCGACCUGGUAUUUGAGAUAAUUUGAUAAAAUAGUCAUAAGUUGGUGUUCCGGUGCCAGGAGGUCUUUUAACUCUGGCAUUAAUCCUAUGCCCUCACCUCCUGCCCUAGGAAAACACCAUAUAGCAUAAAAGGCGAGGAAGGAGAGAGCCAAAAAUAAUAAAAUGAAAGAGCCAUGUUGAAUGAAAUACAAAUUCAAGUACGUGUUACUUAAUAUAAAACAGUUUAAGAAAUCAAUUUAAUAUUUUGUGGGGAAAUUAUGUCAUUGCUCUGUGGGCACUUAAUGUCUAAGGCCGACACUGCCAUAAAUUUAUUCAAAACCUGGAGUAAAAUGAACUAGGAUAAUAUAAAAAUAAGUUAUGACUUAUAAAUAUAUUGCAGUAUUUUUGUUUUAUUGUUAUUAAAUAUGAUAAUUAUUAUUUAAAUAUAACAGUGUACUGAUUAAAUAAAUAUCAGAUUGUACUGAACUCUUUUGAUGAUUGCUAAUAAUACAAUGGUGAUCAUUUAAUUUUUGAAUAUAUUGUACAUAGUUCUUAAAAGUUGUGGAAUUCCUUUCUCGAAGGAAAUUAUAUCAUUGAAUGGGCUGGUGUAAAUAUCAAUUUGAUUUUUAUAUAAUAAUGCAUAUUUAUUUUGUAGCAAGGCAUGAACCGAACAAAAGAGGUUGUGUAGUAUUAUUUAAUAGAAAAGAGGUUACCAGAAGUAUUGAAUUAUAAAAAUUCAAAUAAAAUUAUUGUCAUAUGGAAAGCUUUAUCAAAUUGCAUUUAUAAAACUACUUUAAUCUUGUGAUUUUUAAUUAGAUUAAAAGUAUAGUUUAUUUAAAGUUUCUUGCCUAUUGUGAUUUUUAAAACACAUUAAUUCAUUUGAAAGAGCAGUUUUUGAAAUUGAUUCUCAAUUAGCCUCUUAAAUUAUUUAGCUAAUAUUAAAAUUAAGUUAUUUUAUUGUAAUUAAACAGAUUUGCCAAUGCUUAAAAAUAAACAGAAAAAUAUAACAUACAUUAGAUUAAGUUUGAAAUAUUCUGUUAUAAACAAUUUUAUUUAUAGAAAUUAUGAAUAGAAUUGUACUUUUUUUUUUGUUAUUGUAUAAUACAGAAAUUAGUUUACUGUAUUAUUACCAUUGUUUAUUUUUUAAACAUUAAUGUUUCCUUUUCUUGUUACAGAGGUUUAGUUAUUUUUUUUUUAAAUUAUAUUACUCUAAGUAAUAAAAUGUUAUUAUUUUAAUUCAAGAUUAGCAUGAAACAUUUUCUGAUAUAGAAAUAUAAUGUUAUUUUUAUAAUUAAAUAUAUUUUAUACAUUGAUGGUUUUCAUUGAUUGUUUGUUGAACCUAAAACCUAUUCCAAAUUUGAAAAAAACAUAUCAAAUACAACAAUUUAUUUUGUGAUAAAAUAUUGGACUACCUUAUUUUAUUGAUAUCCGAUUAUGGAUAGUAAUUUAAAUUCUUUAGUGAUGGAAAACAUAUUACUAUAUUGGCUACAUACAGUGAUGGAAAAAAUAUUUGCACAACACGUUUUCAUGAAUAAAGUAGUUCAAGGAAACAAAAAACUUCGCUUUCCUCUGCAAAAAUGAAAAGUAAAUUUAUUAAAAACUGAAAAAACCUUUUUACGAAAAAAUAAAAACACUUCAUAAUCAAAGAAAAUAAUUAAAACAAUAAAAGUGCUUGGAAAAAAGUAUUUGCACACUUCCACAUUUACAAGUUUAUUUUAAAUUUAAAUAGUUUUAAUAUUUUGUAAAUAGGCCAUUUGCGUCAAUAAUUGCUUGUAGACGUCUGGGGAUUGAAUGCACUAGGUUUUUAAUUAAAUAUACUUUUAUUUGUUCCCAUUCUUGAACAAGAAGUUGUUUAAGGUGAUGUCCACUAGUGAUAUGGUGUUUUCUUACAUUUUGGUCAAGGGUGUGCCAUAAAUUUUCAAUGAUAUUUAUAUCUGGUGACUGAGGAGGAGUGUGGAGCUGUCUUGGAACAUUAAAUAUUAACCACUCUUUUGUUCUCCUCGAAGUAUGUUUUGGAUUGUUGUCCUGCUGGAAAUAGUACUGAUCCUGAAUUCCCAUUUUUUCGACACUAACACGUCGAAAUUACGUCGCAAAAUGUUCACAUAGCCUUCUGCAUUUAAAAUGCCUUCGAUGCACACAAGAUUUCCCACGCCAUGGUAGGAAACACACCCCUGAACCAUAACAUGUCCUCCACCAUGCUUUACAGUUGUUAAAACAUUUUGCUUCUUUAGGGCUUCAUUACGAUGUCGCCAUCUCGACACUGAACCAAACAAAUUAAAUUUGCUUUCGUCAGAAAGGAUGACAUUUUCCCAAAAGCUUAAGGGUUUCUGUACGUACUCCCUAGCAAAAGCAAAGCGCUUUUUGCAAUUCGUUUCACUGAUGUAUGGCUUCUUUCUUGAAGCCCUUCCGAUUUUAGGGCAUAUCUAAUUGUUCUGCUAGUAAUCUGAACUCCAGACGUUGAUUGGACCAUGGUAGCCAGCUUCCGAGAACUUAUCAGAGGAUUUUUAAGAGCUUCUUUUCUGAUUUUCCUCUUCAGCCUGGGAGUUAACUUUUUUGGACACCCUUUACGCUCACUGUUUUCAGUUGAACCACGUUCUUCAUACCUUUUUAUGACGUAUCUCACUGUAGAAAAAUUCAACCCUAAGAAAUUGGCAAUUUGGCGAUCUGUUUUUUGCUGACUCCUCAGUAAAACAAUUUUUUUCGCGAAUUGCAGCACACAGUUCACUUGUCUUUGGCAUGAUAAUUGUCUAUUGACUAAAGGAAACUGAUUGAAAGACUAGAGAAUACUGGUAAUAAACGAUGAGAGAUAAAUUAGUAAACAAAGCUAUGACCUAUGGACAUAGGAGGAUUAAUGUCAAAGUAAACAGAGCUUGUGAGUCAUAGUGUGCAAAUACUUUUUUCCAAGCACUUUUAUUGUUUUAAUUUUUUUGUUUCAUUAUGGAGUGUUGUCAUUUUUUUCCAAAAGGUUUUUCUCAGUUUUAACAAAUGUACUUUUCAUUUUUGCAGAGGAAAGCUAAGUUUUUUGAUUCCUUGAACUCAUUUAUUCAUAAAAACAUGAUGUGCAAAUACUUUUUUCCAUCACUGUACAUAUAUACAGAGACAUGUUCAUGUAUUUUUUGUAAGUGGCUUUUACAUUUUUAGACUGCCUUUGUCAAUAUAUGGACUGUUGAACGCAAAAAUGGUGUAAGUAACAAACUGAAGCUUUGAAAAGUUUUCUAAAAGGUAGAUAUAGAAUAAUAAUAGAUAUUUCUUAUUAAUUAAUGACAGUUUACUUUCUUUGUAAAAUAGUCUCAAGAAUAUCCUAUUAUUUAAAAGUGUGAAUUUUACUACUGAAUAAUUAAUUAAUAAAUAUGAAAAUGACUUAUCCUCUCAACAGUUCUUAUAUUCAUUAAAUUAAAUUGGAUUUAAAACGGACUUUAAGAUAGUAUCUGAUUUCAAAUGUUAGCUAAUUUAAGGCUCAUACGAGUGUUAGCACCUCAUUACUGCAAUUUAAAAUAUUACCUAAUAUAUUAUAAUGGUAAUAUAGUGGAGGUUUUACUCCAUAGUUUUUCUCUAUAUGAUUCAUUUUAAGCUUAUUUCCUGUAUUUAAUGUCUUUUAUAAAAAAUUAAUAUUUCUAUAAAGUGGUAUACCUAUUCUAAUUGGGGCCAAAGCUGAAUUUCUUUUCUUGAAGAUCUCAAAAAUAAAAUUAAAAAGUAUUGUUUCUUCAUGUUUUUAAUUUCCAUUGCCAUCUUCAUUGUUUUUAAUGUUCUGUUGAAUAAUUAGCCAAUUAAAUAUAAGUACAAAAUGAGACAUUCUCGUUAACAAAUGAAAAUUCUUUCUUGUUCUAUGCUUUGACUGAUUAAUAAAUAAUUUUUCUUGAGUUCUGUGUAUCAAUACAUUUAAAUAAAUACAUAAAGCGAAAAUUACUAGUAAAAACAAACAAUUCUUGCCUUAUAAAAGAAAAAUACUUGUAAUUAUUUUACAGUGAAAGUAAUUAAUUAAUAAAAAAUUCUGUGGGGCCCAGGAAAGAUUGUCCCUUCCACUUCCCUUAGGCAUACUCUGUUUCUAACUGUGUGAAAUUUUCUAAUCAUCAUUUAUAGAAACUUCUUUACUUAAAAAUAUAAAUAAACAAGUACAACGUCCAGGAAAAUAUAAGUGGAAAUGGGUAAAUGCUACAUCAAAUGACCUGGCCAUAAGAAGCUCACUGAAAAGAAUAUUUACAAAGGAACGUGGAACUCGCUGGACGUUAAAACAAUGAAUCAGAGAGACAAUAUUUUGAACAAUAGGAGGCAUAGAUCUAAUUUGAUGAGCUGUACAUACCAUCAAGGGCCUACGUGGAUACCAUUAUUGCUUAGUAUUCCAAAUCAAUGCCAGGAUACUCAAUGUAAGAAAAAUCAAAGAAAAUAUGACAGAAAUGAUUGAAACAUGCUAAAUGAACCAGGGGUGAGCAUAGGAUAUUAUCAGAGCUAGAUGAAGAGGUUUUAAAUGAAGGAACUGUCAGUCACCAUGAGUGGGAUAAACGCGAAUGUUCGAAAUUUCAUUAACAACAUAAGAAAUGAUGUUGAAGUUGAAUCUAAUUUGUCUGACCUUAAAGUGGCAUUAACUGGACUCAAUUCACAUCAGCUCGGUGAUUUAGCCAGAGAAUCACAACUCAACUACCUAUUUGACUGUCUCAAUUCUUCCAACAGGAAUCAAAUACUGAUAACAUGCGACGUUUUAAAGUUAUUUUUACCUUCACUUUCUGCAUCUCACUUAUUGAGUCAAUAUGGUGCAGCGAUAAAUCGAGCCUUAACUCACCCAUACAAAGAAGUCAAGGAGACAGUUCUUAAAGAGUUAAUAAGAUGUGUCGGAAGCGAUGCUAUGAUGGCACUAAUCCAUCAGGAAUCUGAUUUCCUCCCUUCGGCUGUCACGAGUCUUUGUGAUGAAGAUACCUCUGUCGGAUGCCGUGCUGUCGAUUUUUUCGUAAGUCUUGGUAAAACUAAAAGUGGUCUCCAAGCAAUUUGCCAACCUACCAUCAUCAGGAAAUUAAUUAAUAACAUUGGAAACAAUAAUAUAUAUGCUGUUCGAGUUUUUGAGGUCCUUGUUGAUAUUGGUGUCAGUUCACUAGAAUCUUUGAAAUACCUUGAAAAUGAAGGACUACUCGAUAGGCUUUCAACGUUUCUCGGUACCGAUGAUGUAUUGUCAAUGCUUGCCUUACUUGAGGUCUGUACAAAAUUAGCUACCACUGACUACGGUUUUGAUUUUCUAAGCCGCCAUGGUGUGAUCAAAAAUCUUGUUAAUCAACUGGCGUCGUACAAUGACUAUCCUGCUAUAUCAUCGCUUACAUUUCCUGGUUUAUCGAAAUUCUUUGGACUUGUAGCACAGGCGUUUCCUGAAAAACUUUUAUCAAACCAUGUGGAUAUUUUACGAUGUGGAUUCAGCGCAGUCGAUUCCACUGAUCUGAACAUUUAUAUUCCAGCGCUAGAAUUAAUCGGUCUAAUCGCAUACACGCCUGAAGGAAAAGCUGUUCUUCAGAAACAAGAUGAAAAGUAUAUGAGGCAUAUCAUGGGUAGGCUACAUGAAGCUAUGUCGAAGUUGCCUACUGAAUGGAGGAUUAGAGCAGUUCACGUUUUAGCUAAUAUUAUCCACGUAGAGACCGAUAGAAUAACAAACGAAAUCACGAGGGUCAACGAGGCUUGGUUCAACCAACUCGGCACUUCAGGAAUGAGCAUGCUUGUCACCAUCGCCCGCCAACCGUUCCCCGAACUCAAAGCCGCUGGCUAUUUGGUCCUUUUGAACAUGGCCAAUCAGAGAUGGGGCCAAUACAAGAUAAAUUGUUACGAGGGUUUGAUGGAUUUCUUACUGGACAGGAGGACAGAAACAGAUUUAGAAGGACAUCAUAUGAAGUACAAUAUACUUAAAGCCAUUAUCGAAACUGACACGGCAGAUGCCAUACUCGAACCUCACGUUUACGAAUCUAUCAUAGAUUAUGUUAGGCAAGGUCCUAUCUUUGCUCCCACUGUCACCGAAGUUGCAAUCGAGGGAGCUGAAUAAAUUUAGUUUCUCAGAAAUUUUUUAUUUGUUAUUUUAUUGUGAAGUUUGUAUUAUAAUGUUUGUACAAAUUAUUAAUAAAAUUAUAAUUAUCUUUUUUGUGUUAAUUUUGAUCAGUUCAUUUGUGAGCUCAACUAGCAUUAAUUUUUUUAUUGUGCAAGUUAUCUCUGUUGAAUAUUAACAAAGAUGAAAAAUAACUAUGGCAUGGAAUUGGAAAAAAAAAAUCUUGCGAUAGCAUCUCAGUACGAUUGAAUCAGUAUUUAUACCAGUUAAAAUAUAGGCUUCACUGGUUGAUUUUUUGUUGUUGUGAACCAUGAAUUAUCUUUUGUGACAAACUAUAUGUUUAAAUAUUGAGUUGUAUCAGUAUUUAUAAAUUUUUUUAAUUAAUGAAUUUUUUAUUAGUUCAGGUGCAAUAUUAUAUCCUGACAAUAAUGUUUACUUGUUAUAAAAUAAGAUUAUAAAAUAUUUUAUCCAGAUCUUAA